UCCCCACUUUAUCAAGGAGGAAUCAUCAUCGACAUCGCGAAUUCUGGUGCUGGUGCGACUGCGAAGCAGUAACAGAGCGGAUGAAAGAACGAGAAUCAUUGUCGGAUGGACAGUGGUAUCGCGUUAGAGUGCGGGCACGGUCUUUCGAGGGUAAACUGGAAUCGAAGAAGAACGACGGCGAACGGCGGCGGAGAGGUGCGGCGAGAGAGAGAGGGAGAAAGAGAGGAGAGCGGGCGCGUGUGGCAAGGUCGGUGCGUGUGGUGAAGUUUACGGGCUUUAUUAAAGUGCAGUCGGCCGGGUUGAAAAACAAUCGACGGACAUAAUACGGCGCCCCGUGAAGUCCGAUGUCUAGUGCUGAGGUGGUGGAGAGCUCCGUUGACCCCCCAGCCAAGAAGCGACGCGUUGCUGCCACCACGGGAGGAGCCGACGACACGACAACGAUCGCAGACAUGGCGAAAAAUGGCUCGACGUCCCGGGCAUCUACCGAAAUCGACGAGGGUCUAUACUCCAGGCAACUAUACGUUCUCGGCCAUGACGCCAUGCGUUGCAUGGCAUCUUCCGAUGUGCUGAUAUCCGGUCUCGGCGGGCUCGGUGUGGAAAUUGCCAAGAACGUCAUCCUCGGCGGCGUCAAGUCCGUUACCCUGCACGAUGACGCGCUGUGCCAGAUCUCAGACCUCGGUUCACAGUUCUAUCUUACCGAGGCGGACAUAGGUAAAAACCGAGCUGUUGCUUGCUGUCCACGCUUGUCCGAAUUGAACAAUUAUGUUCCUACGUGCUAUUACACUGGCCGUUUGACCGAUUCCUUUAUCAAGAAGUUCAAAGUUGUUGUCUUAACUGAAACACCUUUAAAGGAACAGUUGCGUAUUGCUGAGGUCACUCAUCCAAACGAUAUAGCACUGAUUAUAGCAGAUACUAGAGGCCUGUUUUCUCAAGUCUUUUGUGACUUUGGGAAUAACUUCAAAGUGGUGGAUACAAAUGGUGAACCGCCUGUAAGUGCGAUGGUCGCUAGUAUUUCACACGAUUCGGAGGGUAUUGUAACUUGUUUGGAUGACACACGUCACGGUAUGGAGGACGGUGACUAUGUCACCUUCUCCGAAGUGCAAGGAAUGUCAGAGCUGAACGGUUGUGAACCGAUAAAAAUCAAAAUUCUUGGCCCAUACACUUUCAGCAUCGGAGACACGACUAAGUAUUCUGAAUACAUCCGCAGCGGUAUAGUGACUCAAGUAAAAAUGCCAAAGAUCCUACAUUUCGCUCCUCUGAAAGAUUCUGUGAAGAAGCCAGAGUUCCAGAUUACUGACUUCGGGAAAUUCGACUAUCCGGAACAGUUACAUUUGGCAUUUAUGGUGUUGCACCGCUACAUAGAGGAAAAAGGAAAAUUACCUAAACCGUGGAAUCAGGAGGACGCGGACGAAUUUUUGAAUUUGGCCAAAGUUGUCAAGGAAGAAAUGGGUAGUGAGACCGAAAUCAAUACGGAACUGUUGCAAAUAUUUGCAAAAAUUUCUUCUGGAAACUUGAACCCAAUGGACGCUACCAUCGGAGGAAUCGUAGCUCAAGAAGUGAUGAAAGCUUGUUCAGGAAAGUUCCAUCCGAUAUUCCAAUGGUUGUAUUUCGAUGCCAUCGAAUGUCUGCCAGCGGAUCGGUCUGAGCUCACGGAAGAGGAUUGUAGUCCCAUUGGAUCACGUUACGACUCGCAGAUAGCCGUUUUUGGACGCGAAUUCCAGGCGAAGAUCGGAAACCUGAAGUACUUCGUUGUAGGAGCAGGAGCCAUUGGUUGUGAAUUACUCAAAAACUUCGCUAUGUUGGGCGUUGGUGCCGAGAGCGGUAGCGUAACGGUCACCGACAUGGACUUAAUCGAGAAGUCUAAUUUGAAUAGACAAUUCCUGUUUAGACCAUCCGACGUUCAACAGUCGAAAUCAUCGACUGCGGCCAGAGUCAUAAAGAGUAUGAAUCCAGACAUGAAAGUGAUCGCGCACGAGAACAGAGUUUGUCCAGAAACAGAAAAGAUAUACAACGACGACUUCUUCGAAGUCUUGGACGGCGUUGCGAACGCAUUAGAUAACGUCAACGCUCGGAUUUACAUGGAUCGUCGUUGCGUGUACUACAGAAAGCCUCUAUUGGAAUCUGGCACCCUGGGUACAAAAGGUAACACUCAAGUGGUCGUCCCGUUCUUAACUGAGUCGUACAGUUCGUCUCAGGAUCCACCGGAGAAGAGUAUACCAAUUUGCACGUUAAAGAAUUUUCCGAACGCUAUCGAGCACACUCUGCAAUGGGCCAGGGACAAUUUCGAAGGCCUAUUCCGUCAGGCCGCGGAGAACGCCGCUCAAUAUUUAUGCGAUCCACAGUUUGUAGACAGAACGCUAAAACUGCCUGGUGUUCAACCAUUAGAAGUAUUAGAAUCCGUUAAGACAGCAUUGGUUGACGAAAGACCAAAAACGUUCGCCGAUUGCGUAACGUGGGCGCGUUGCCACUGGGAGGAACAAUAUAACAAUCAAAUUAGACAGCUUCUAUUUAAUUUCCCACCCGACCAGGUGACAUCCAGCGGUCAGCCGUUCUGGUCCGGGCCGAAGAGGUGCCCGGAACCACUCGCGUUCAACGUUAACGAUCCAUUGCAUUUAGACUACAUUGUAGCCGCAGCUAACUUAAAGGCGAAGGUUUAUGGCAUCCCAACUAAUAGAAAUCGAGAAGAGAUCGUGAGAAUGGCUAGCACCGUGCAAGUGCCGGAGUUCACGCCGAAAUCUGGUGUGAAGAUAGCGGAGACCGAUUCGCAGGUACAGGUAUCUAACGGUAGCGGGAACAUCGAUCAUGAAAGACUCAGUCAAUUGCAAGAGGAACUACCGCGGAUCGAAGAAUUGAAUGGUCUGGUGAUUUAUCCGCAAGAAUUUGAGAAAGACGAUGACAGCAAUUUCCACAUAGACUUCAUCGUAGCUGCCUCGAAUCUUCGUGCCGCCAAUUACAAAAUCCCACACGCCGACAGACACAAGAGCAAACUGAUCGCAGGCAAGAUUAUCCCAGCUAUCGCGACCACCACUUCGGUUGUAGCUGGCCUAGUUUGCCUCGAAUUAAUCAAGCUGACCCGCGGCGUCAAGGAUCUAUCCGUGUACAAGAACGGUUUCGUCAAUCUGGCAUUGCCGUUCUUCGGCUUCUCCGAGCCUAUCGCAGCGCCGAAGAUGAAGUAUUACGAUACAGAGUGGACGCUAUGGGAUCGGUUCGAAGUCAAGGGAGAACUGACGUUGAAAGAUUUCUUGGACUAUUUCAAAGACCAGCACAAUCUGGAGGUCACCAUGCUCUCUCAAGGCGUUUGUAUGCUUUACUCGUUCUUCAUGGCGAAGCCUAAAUGUCAGGAACGCAUGGGCCUGUUGAUGUCCGAGGUGGUGAAGAAGGUGUCGAAGAAGAAACUGGAGAAUCACGUACGCGCGUUGGUGUUCGAACUAUGCUGUAACGAUACCGAUGGCAAUGACGUGGAGGUACCCUACGUUCGCUACACCUUGCCGUGAGACGCAUCGAAGUAAUCGGGAUUAAGAGAGAUGUCUACUUAACUGACUUAGCCGUAGUAAUUUCCACAAAUUUCUAUUUUACAAUACGAUACAGGAGAAUAUUAAUCUUUGUCUACGCGUAAGACUCUCAAAGUAAAAGGGAAACAGAAAGAUAUAACGAUUCAUUUUUAUCGCCGAUGCUUUGUAGCAUUUAUAAUAGCAAGCGAUCGCGGGAUCCACUGAGUUCGUCUACUGUGAUCUCCCUCUUUGCUGAACAUCGGACCUUAGGGCUCGAACUGUCCUUUCUCUUUUUAUUUCUUGUAAUCUUUGUCCCGAUUCGUUCAAUAAUAUUCGUCAAAUUCGUUACGUAUUUUUCGUUUGCACUUGUCGAUAUACUAUUUUUCUUUCGGAGAAAAGUAACUUCAAAAUGAUUGGAAGUCUGUUGAGGAAAAUUAAAACGUAUAUGAAAAUUUAUACAAGAAAGUCCACAGUCUUGUGCUGUUAAUAAAGAUGAUUAAGAAAGGAAUACGGUGAAUAAAAUUGCAAGAGUUUAGUCCAUAUUGGAUCACAAAGGGAAUUGUCAUGGUAAGAAUUUUCUUAGGAUUCACAACUUCACAAGUUUAUACGUAUAUAGGAUGAAAAUGUAAAUUGCUGGAUGGUAACUCAAUGAUCCUUAGACAAAUAACGCUAGCACAUUUAAUAUAAACCAUAAUUAAACGUGAAAAAUAAAAACCAGACGCAAACGUAUCUUGCCUUUGUCGUAUUACCUUUAUUUUCAUUUUCUAUUCACUGUUAAUGUUCUUUUUUUUUAAUGGUCUGAAUUACUCUAAACUAAUAGAAAAUAAAAUUUUCUUUCUUGUAUAUGCUCUAGCUAUCGAAGUCGAUAUUUUAAGACUUUAUAUAUCUGCAAUCUGUACUACGUUAUCAAUGAUUUUUAUUUGUCCGCUUUACUUUCCGAACAGGGAAUACAUUAUUGGCUAAGGCUGUUUGUUGUUGCAAAGAGUAAUACUGCAUUUAAAUUUGUGAGAACAGAUGGUUUGGUAAGAUUCUUGAAAAUAAGAAUUGCACACUUUAGACCAAGAUGGAAUACAAGAGGAUGAAAAAGAAGAUAUUUUGUUAAUUUUAGAAUAAUGCGGAUAUUUAUUGUAUUAUUUUAUCAAUAGAUAAUAAAUAGAUGUGUUUGGAUUUCAAAGAAACGUGAGAAAUAUAGUAACGAAAAUAAAAUUCGAAA